UGACACGUCAGCUGAAGCACACGGACGCAUGUCGACGUUACACACGUAGCUACACUUCCUCACCCUCUGAAAAAACGAUCUACCGAUGUAACCAGGCGAAGGCCAAAUAGUCAACACAAGGUCGCAUGACAACACAAGGUUUCCAGAGGGCACAGCUGGUUUGAUGCCCGUGGCUCCACAAUGGAACUAUCUGACUCAGUCACACAUAAGAACGGGCGGCAGAGGAAGCCUGCUGUCCCCCAGGGGGACAUGAGUGACGGGAAUAGGGUUCGCAACACCACCCCUGACCUGGAGGAGGAGGGGGAAGCGUUGCUUCGAGGAUCUGACACGGAGAACAACGGACAACCCAGUGUGCAGCCUGGGAUCAGAGGGGAGCUGGGGAAUGUAUCUCUGCUGCUCUUCCUUUAUGUCCUCCAGGGUAUCCCUCUGGGCCUGGCCGGGAGCAUCCCUCUCAUCCUGCAGAGUAAGAACGUCAGCUACAAGGACCAGGCCUUCUUCAGCUUUGUCUUCUGGCCCUUCAGUCUCAAGCUGCUGUGGGCCCCGCUGGUUGAUGCGCUCUACCUGACCUGGUUUGGACGCCGGAAGUCGUGGCUGGUGCCCACCCAGUACCUGCUGGGUCUCUUCAUGCUGUACCUGUCGGUUACCGUGGAUACGCUGCUGAAAAGUGAUGAGGGGCAGGGUCCUGAUGUGAUAACCCUGACGACGGUGUUCUUCAUGCUGGCCUUUCUGGCAGCCACCCAGGACAUAGCAGUGGAUGGCUGGGCUCUGACCAUGCUGUCUAGGGAGAACGUGGGCUACGCCUCCACCUGUAACUCUGUGGGACAGACUGCUGGCUACUUCCUAGGCAACGUGCUCUUCCUGGCUCUGGAGUCAGCUGACUUCUGCAACAAAUACCUGAGAGCAGAGCCUAAAGAGACUGGCAUCGUGACACUGUCAGACUUCCUGUUUUUCUGGGGCGUGGUGUUCCUGGUGUCGACCACGCUGGUGGCCAUUAUGAAGAAGGAGAACGCCAGGGGACAGCACGGGAGGAAGAAGGUCCGGGAGGAGACGCAGAGCGUCAUGGAAACAUACAAACUGCUGCUCUCCAUCAUCAAGAUGCCUGCCGUGUUCACCUUCUGUAGCCUGCUGCUCACUGCUAAGAUGGGUUUCUCUGCAGCAGAUGCAGUGACCGGUCUGAAGCUGGUUGAGGCAGGUGUUCCUAAAGAGCAGCUGGCAUUACUGGCAGUCCCCAUGGUUCCACUGCAGGUACUACUACCUCUCAUCAUCAGUAAAUACACCGCGGGACCACGACCACUAGAUGUUUUCUACAAGGCCUUUCCCUUCAGGUUGUUGAUAGGUCUGGGGUAUGCUGUGUUGGUGUGGUGGACUCCCAGUUUAAAGCAGGAAGGGGGAUUCCCUCUCUACUACUACACUAUAGUCCUGUUCAGCUACGCUCUGCAUCAGGUGGCGCUGUACAGCAUGUAUGUGGCCUGUAUGGCUUUCCAUGCUAAAGUGAGUGACCCAGUGAUUGGUGGGACUUACAUGACCCUGCUGAACACUGUCACCAACCUGGGGGGAAACUGGCCCUCCACCCUGGCAUUGUGGAUGGUCGACCCACUCACCUCAAAGGAGUGCCAGGGAGCUGCUGGGCAGAAAUGUGGCUCCCCAGAGGAGACAGGGCUGUGUGUUAAGGAGGGCGGUGUGUGUGUGACGUCGUUGGAUGGUUACUAUGUGGAGUCGGUGGUGUGUGCGUUGAUAGGACUAACGUGGUGGGUGUGGCUAGGGAACAGGAUGAGAAGGCUACAGGACCAGAGCCCUGCAGCGUGGAGGUGCAGGAUCGGCCAAUGACAACGUUCACCCAGCUCCUGACCCCAGCAAGGCCAAUCGCCAGACAGCUACAGUCUGAUAUAAAAGCUUCUGUCAGCUCAGCCUUUGACCCUGGCCUGAACAUCACUUCCUCUCUCUCAUUUCUGUUUUUCUGUCUUCCUCCGACUCGCUUUAUUUCUCUCCUUCUCUGAUGACUCUUCUCAGUGUCCCUCUGUUUUCCCUCCCUUUGCUCAGUGUAUAUAUUAUCCUUCAGCAGUCUGUCUCUGCGUUAACUGGAAUUGUGGUCCGGCCACCACAAGACUAUGGACCAUAACGGUCAAUAACCACAUACUCUCUUGGAGAGUCAAGAGUUAUAUUUCUCCUUGCAACGUCACAUCCUCACCAUGGCUUCUGUGGGUGCCGCUUCAACUAUGUCCCAUUGGCAACAAAAGAAGGAACUAUUCUUCUUGAUAGGAAUAUUUACAGUAGACAUAGCUGCUCCUUCUCAAUCCACAUUGUCCGCUACUUAAACUAUUUCACUUUCUCACUGUUUAUUUGUGCCUUGCUCUGUUCUUCAAAGACUCGGAUUUUAAAGUUGGUCAGAUAUUUAAAAAAAGGCAUUCAUCAACGAACGGUCAUAAAAAGCAAACCACACAUAUAUGGAUGGUUAAAUAUGAACUUUGAGAUGUACAGCCAAGACCUAGUUGAUAAAUAGAUCACGUUUCUGUGUGGAACAUGGGAGUCAGAAAUCACAUUUCUAUUCUUGAUGUUAAUCUAUUGUCCCUUUGAAAGAAAUGCCUAAAUUAUAACUACUGUUUUAAUAUACACUGAGUGUACAAAACGUUAGGAACACCUUCCUAUUGAGUUACUAUGUUAAACGUUCCUAAUGUUGAGUCCUUUUGCCAUGUUGACUCCAAAGCUUCCCACAGUUGGCUGGAUGUCCUUUGGGUGUUGGACCAUUCUUGAUGGGAAACUGUUGAGUGUGAAACUCAGCAGCGUUGCAGUUCUUUACACAAACUGGUGAGCCUGGCACCUACUACCAAACCCUGUUCAAAGGCACUUCAAUCUUUUGUUUCUUGACAAUUAACCCUCUGAAUGGCACAAACACAAUUCAUGUCUCAAUUGUCUCCCGGCUUGAAAAUCCUUCUUUAACCCGUCUCCUUGCCUCCAUCUACACUGAUUGAAGAGGAUUUAACAGGUGACAUCAAGAAGGGAUCUAAAGCUUUCACCCGGUCCGUCUGUCUUAAUGUUUUGUAUACUCAGCGUAUGUCUCUAACUUUUUGAAUACAACAGUGUUUUCUCUAUAACAGCAAUGACAGGUCAGAGGUUGUGUGGAAGGCAGAAGGCAGUAAACAGUCAUGUCUGGAUCUGGGGAUCACCUGUAUCGGUUUGGUUUAUGUCAUAGAAAAAGGUCAUGUUUUUCUGUUUGUUAAUUCUCAAGAGUUAUUUUGAUUUAUUUUGGGGCUCUGCUCUAUUCUACAUCAGGCUGAACAAAAUAAUUUGCAUUGAUUCAUGUGUGGGACACUGAUAAAUCAGAUUCUGUGUUUCUCCCUUAAUGUCUGCCCCUAACCACCUGUCCACAUUCAGAUGGGGCUCAGCUCCUAAAGGUGAAAGUCAGGGUUGGGGUAGGGGGGGAGGGACAAAGAGCACGUUGAGUUUCCACACCAAUGCAAAGCCUUCAUACUGUAACUGAGACGCUUGUUAGCCUUAAAUAUUUCAUUUUUUAACUUUCUCUUUAUUUUACAUCUUGUGAUGCUACUGUAUGUACAUCGCCUUUUAUGUCUGUGUCAGUACUUUUAACAAUUUAAAAUAUUGCCUAAACUCUACAAGCCAUUCAUUUACAUGUGGAUAUGUUUGUAUGUUUGACUUGUUUUGAUUGACCAAAUAUUUAAAUGAAUGAUUUUUGUUUUUUAGCACUUUUUCGUUUUCUUCAUUUCAGUUAUACAUUCUUUUAAAUAAAUAAAAAACUCCACUGUAGUUAUUUUCCAAAAUGAGUUUUUAAAAGAAUGUUCAACAACGACUGAAUUUCCCAUGGAAUACAAAUGAUUUGUGAUGGGCUGUUGCAAACCAAUCUUUGAUUCCCAACUCACAUUUCUAAAAGCGGAAGUUAAAGACCUGCUUGGUAUUGGAGUUGUCCCUAGUGGGAACAACUCCGUGGGAAUCGAACCCACAACCCUGGUAUUGCAUGUGCCGUGCUCUACCGAGAGUGACUACCCGGGUUGGGAUCAAUUCCAUUUAAUUUCCAGUCAGUUCGGGAAGUAAACUACAAUUCCAAUUCAAUGCUUUUCAAUUAGAAACAUUUUAGAGAAAAAAAUCUAUAACUACUGACUAGAAUUUCGAUGUGAUUGAUCCCGAACUCUGCACUGUACCCUGUGAGACUUGUCCGCUAUGUUGUAAGAUGUUCUGAGUAACUUUUGUACCAACAUUCCCAAGAUGUAAAAUUGAAAAUAUUUACAGUAAUAAAUAUCUUAUGUAAUACAAUGAAUAUGCA